AUGGAGGAGAACAUUCACCACUUCGUCGCCAUCACUGGGGCGAGUGUCGAUGUCGCUCGCGGCUACCUCGAGCUCACAGGCGGCGACAACCAGCGGGCCAUCGAGCUGUUCUUUGAGAGCCCGGACCUGGUCGGCGAGGGCGUGCCCCGCCCUGCUGCCACUGCCUCCUCGUCCAGGUCUCGCUCCGCAUCGCGGAGAGUCAAUAUCGGCAGGGAAGACGCGAGUGGCGUGAUUCACAUUAGCGACGAUGACGACGGCGAUGCAGACAUGGACUACGACGACAACGAUUUCGAAGAUCACGAUGACGACGAGCGGGCUGCCGUUGCCCAAGCCGCUGCGCUGGCUCAAGAGGAAGAAGAUGCCGCCAUGGCGAAGCGGCUUCAGGAGGAGAUGUAUCAGGAGUCGGGACCCUCUGGUGGUGAUGUGAGAGCGCCCAUUGCACGGACAACGGAGACGCUUGUUGCGCCAGACCCAUCCUGGGGAGAAGACGACAGCUCUGCUAUUCUGGAGCAACUCAGGAGGAGACGCCCGAUGCCUCCACCCAACAGAGGCCCCUUUGGUCAUCGGAUAUGGGGAGACGACACGAACCGAGCUGAGUCCUCGUCUGCAAACGGAACAUCUGCUCAUGCUAGGCGCCUGGAGGAUCUGUUCCGACCGCCCUACGAUCUCAUAUCUCGGCUCACGUGGGACGAAGCUCGCGCGCUGGGCAAGGAAGACAAGAAGUGGAUCAUGGUCAACCUGCAAGAUAUGAGCGACUUCAACUGCCAGAUGCUUAACCGGGACAUUUGGAAAGAUCAAGCCGUUUCCGAGUUGGUUAAGGAAAACUUCAUCUUUAUGCAGCUGGAUAAAGACUAUCCCGAAGCAGAAGAGUACCUGACAUUCUAUUUCCCCAACCAGGGGCACGAGAACCCAGACAACUACCCCCACGUCUCCAUUGUCGAUCCUCGAACGGGCGAGCAGGUCAAAGUGUGGAGUGGCAGGCCCUUCCCCAGUGCCACCGAGUUCCACGCUGAGGUGGCGGAAUUCCUUGACAGAUACAGCCUCGCUGCAAACAGCAAGAACCCUGUUGCCAGAACUGCGGCGCGGAAGCCUCAAGUCAUUGAUGUGGAUCGCAUGACGGAGGAGGAAAUGCUGGAGAUGGCGCUCAAGAACAGUCUGGCUGGGGCUGAAGCCAGUGGCUCGGGGGCGGGAUCGACACCCAGUGUCCAUGAUCCGGAUGCGCUGACCAAGGAACCUCAGCGAUCGGGAGGUCAGGAGGAGGCGCAGAGCCCGUUUGCCCAGAUCUCGAGCACGAAUCCUCACACCGAGCCUGCCAAUGAUCCUGCUGCGACAACGCGCAUCCAGUUCCGACACCCAGACGGGCGCAUUAUCCGACGGUUCUCCCUGCGGGACCCGGUCCGGAGGAUAUACGAGUGGCUCAAAGCGGAGCCGUUGGAGGGCAAGGCAGAUGUCCCGUUUGAGCUCAAGACGAUGCCCCAGGGCCAGGACUUGAUCGAGUUGCUGGACUCCACCAUUGAGGAGGCUGGCUUGAAGCAAGGAACCGUCAUGAUUGAGUUUAUCACAGACGAGUGA